AUGGCAUUGAAAAAGGUCUUGACAUUGGUUGGUGUGCCAACAUUGUUGGUCACACUAGCUCAUAUGAACUCUUUACCGUUUGCAUAUACUAUAAGAUCAUGGUGGUUAUUACGUACCUUGGUAGAACGAGCCAAGAAGGUGAAUUUGGAGCCUGAAGAUUUGUUUACAACAGUGUCUCAAGAAUUGAGAUGUAUGUGGGAUGAUAUUGAUUAUAAUCAACACAUGAACAAUAGCACGUACAAUAAGAAACUGGAUUUCUGUCGAAUUCAUCUCUUGUAUGUGAUUGUGCCUCGUAUCAUGAUGGAAGCCAAUCAUCAUAUCUUUGCUCAUAACGCUGGUGUUUUCACCUUAUUUAAAAAGGAGAUACCCCCAUUACAGCCCUAUACGAUCGAAAGCCGUGUCUGGACAUGGAACGAAAAAUGGUUGUUUUUACAGCAUCGAUUUAUCAUUGAAGAUGAAAAGGAAGGGCCAUUUGUAUGCUGUUUAGCCACAAGCAAGAUUGUGUUCAAACACACAUGGGGUAAAACAGUCUCCCCUAAAGAAGUCUUUGCUCUUUGUGGCCAUGCAAUGGAUGAUACCCUGGUUGAGAAAAGAAGAAGCAAAAAUUGGAAUAAAGCAAAGAAUUUAUUAUCCAUGCAACAUGAUUGGGAUUCCAAAUUAUAA